AUGGAAUCGAGCAAAGACCCCGUGCUGAGUGAACUAGCUGAGGUCAUUACAGCAGGGUGGCCAGGCACUAUCAGCAACCUAUCCAGCAGUAUUCGUCUAUACUGGAGCAUGAGGGACGAGCUGUCUGUCGAGGACGGAAUCAUCCUGAAAGGACAUCGAGUUGUCAUACCUACCUCCAUGAAGGAAGACAUACUAAAUCAACUUCACUAUGGACACUUGGGUGUAGAGAAAACUUGUUUACGUGCCAGAGACACGGUAUGCUGGCACAACAUCCGCAAGAACAUUGAGAAAUUUGUCAAGACAUGUCAAGCUUGCCAGGAGGAACUACCGUCCCAACAACCUGAACCACUCAUGCCACACGAAAUUCCCAAUCGACCAUGGGAGGACAUCGGUACUGACCUCUUCGAGUUUGAUGGGUCAAAGUGGCUCAUCAUAGCAGACUACUAUAGUGAAUUCCAAGUCAGACAACGUCCACACUUUGACAGCAGAGAAUACAGACAAUUCUCACAGGAGUGGAACUUCCAACACACGGCCAGUUCUCCAAGAUACCCCAAAGCAAACGGUUUCAUCGAGAGUAUGGUUAAGACUGUGAAAAAGACGCUUAUCAAAGCAAAGAAAACCGGUCAAGAUCAAGAUCUUGCUUUGCUGUACCUAAGAGCUACACCUGUCAACAACAAACUGCCAAGUCCAGGAGAACUUCUGAGAGGACAGAAAAUGUCUACCCCAAUACUUACCAAGAUACCAAAUAACCAGCCAAACAAAGAAGAGAUUCGAGAGCACCUUGAGCAAAGACAGACAGACAUGAAACAAAACUAUGACAAGAAAAGUCAGCCUCUGGAUCUAUUAUCCAGUGGAAAACGUGUGCGCUUCCAACUUCAAGAACAUGGACCAUGGAUACCUGGGCGAGUGAUUGACAAGAGAGAUGAGCCUAGGUCAUAUGUAUUGGAGACUCCAAAUGGCGGACAGAUUCGCAGAAAUCGUAGCCAUAUUCGAGACGCACCACCGCCGAAAGUCAGAUUUACAGACAACGCCGCGUCGAUUGUUAUCACAGUAUAUGGGUGCAUUUCGAUUUAA